AUGGGUCAACAGCUUUCUUUGACUAAUAUCAAAAUUCCUGAUUUACUUGCAACAAAUAAUCAACAUUCCGAUAAAAUAUUAUCCAAUGGUCGAAUAGAAGAUGUUCAUUUAUUUUUACCAUUGGAUAUUAUCAAUGCAAUCAGUAAAAGUUCAAUCUCAUCUUAUGAUCAUGACUCUGAUCAAAAAAGUUCAAUUGAACUACCAAUUACGAAACAAACAUUGAUCAAACAUAUUCGAACUGAUCUAUCUUUACUAACGAAAUUAUCUGGACUAGAUGAAUUGAAUACAGAAAUAGCAGGAAUAAUUCAACAAGUAUUCGAUCAUAUUACAAUAACAAAUACAAAUCUACAAAAUGCUAUGCAAUCGAUCAUUGACAAACAACAACAAUUGAAAAAUUCCUAUGUUGAAAAAUUGAAGGACGAUAAAAAUGCAACUACUUCUAUAUUUUCUCAACCAUUUAUCGAUUCUUCGAGUUCGGAGAAAGUAUCAAAUGAAAAUCAAAUAAACAACAAUUCAGUUAAACAAAUACGGUUACAUCAAUUUCAAGCUGAACAACUCUCGUUUUUUGGUGUUCAAUCGUUAAUAUCCAUGCUAUUGAUAUUACUCAAGUCAGUACAAAAAUAUGAUUCCACUAUUGUUCAUCAAAUGCUUAGCUUGACAAAUCAACUUGUUGAACAAAUUCCAUUGCAUUAUCUUUCAUCAGAUGUUUACAAAAGAUCAAGUAAUUUGUUUAAAUCUUUAAAACCAUUGACCAAUUAUAUCAACGAUUUAUCGAUACAAACGGAAAUUGAUCCUAUUGCAGCAAAUCAAUCGAUUAAAAUCUUAUUAAAUUUUUCAGUUAUCAAAGGAUCAUUGAAAGAUGUUCUACCAUUAAUUAGAAAAUUAAUUUUCAAUACAACUGAUAUUUAUGACAUACGAAAAUUAUUCGUAAUAUUAAAUAAAGAUUUAACAACAAUAAUAGAUCAAUUCGAAAAAGAAAAACAGACAUCAGCUGAAACAACAACAAUUAUACCCCAAAAUGCUGCAGAAAAUAGCAAUGAGGUAUCUCAAGAACAGGACAAGACAGAAGCAACACUAUCCACUGACCAAUCAUCCGAUAUGGAACGCACAUUUUCGAUAGCAUUGGAAUAUCUCAAAUCAAUGGAAGUAUUUCCAAGCAUGCAAUUAAUAUCAUUAAAUGAGAAGAAAUUCACUGGUCAAUUCAUAUCUUCAAUAUUACUUGUUCAUAUUGAUUUACAUAAUCAACUUUAUUCGAAAUCACAAUAUGAACGUAAUUCUAUAGAUGGUUCGUUUUCAUUCGAAUUUGAACCAGAAACAUUCAAAUAUUUAUAUGAAAUAAUCGAACAAUUGAUUUUCAUUCAAUCAUCAUCGAAUCAUCAUCUCGAAUAUAUCGUAACUGUUUGUCUACGACUAUUUACAACACAUUUAAAGUUUUUGAUGGCUUCAAAUAUUGAAAAUUUUCAUGAUUUUUUAAAUGAAAAUGAUAUUGAAAAAUGGUUUACAUUGAUAUUAAAAUUAGUUCUAGAGGAUAAAUCAGAAGAAAGAAAGAAAGAAGCAUCAAAAGCUUUGAUCUAUUUGAUUGACAAACAAACAUCAUCAUUUGCCAGAACAUUAUCAUUCAUUCAUACACAUAUCAUGGAAAAUAAACAUCCAAUAUUGAUUGAACAAUUAUUUGAUAAGUUAUCUAAAAAUGUAUUUAUACAUCAAUGGAUUGAAGUUUUAUGUAAUGAUCAUCAUGCUGAAGAUAAAACAAUAGCUUAUACAAUUUUACAUUCAUUUCUUGAUAUUGUCUUAAAACCAAGUUCAUUAGAUGUUGAAAAAGUCAAUCAAGUAUGUAAAAUUAUACUUAUGUUUCAAGAAUUACUUUUGGUUCACUUGAAUAAUCAACCUAUUGAUAUAUCAGAUGAACUUGAAUCAUCUUCUUUAUCGAUCCUUGCUAUCGAAUAUACAACACAUGUGAUUAAAUAUUGUAUUAAACAAGAUAUAAAAAGCAUCCUAUUAGAACCACUUCUCUUUGGUUUAUGUACUCUUACAGAAUCAAUAUUUAAUUUUGCUAUCAUACAACCAAUUUUUGCUACUAUUCUACCUAUAUUUGCUGAAUAUCUAACACAAACAACCAUCGAUGUAAACAUUAUAACUACUUAUUUAAUUCCAUGGCUAUUUGGAAAGAUGAGUCAUCGUCUUAUUGUUGGUCCACAACAAAGUCCUUUAGAGAAAAAAUAUACUACUACAUUAAAGUUACCAUUAUUUGCUGGUGGAUAUGAAACAAUGACAAUAGAGAAUAAUUCGUAUUUAUCAAAUUUAUUCAAAUCUAAUUUAAGUACUUACAGUCAUUUUGUAAUACCUUAUCGACGACAACAAUCAAUAUUAGAUAGUGAAUUUUUACUUUCAAUUUAUAAUAAUAAUGGUCAAGGUUCACAAUUAAUUUCAAAAAUGAAAUUAUUUAUUCGAGAUAAACAACGUAUCUUACAAAAAUCAAUUGAAAUUUUUGCUAAUGAUGCAUGUGCUGCUAUAUUUGCUGUUUAUAUUAAACAUUAUCGUCGUAUUGAUCUAGCUCAACAUGAAUUAACUCAAUCAAUCGAUCAAAAACCACAUAAUAAACUUCUUUCACUCUAUGAAUAUGCUAAUCAAGUACGAACGAUUUUUGCUACGACUAAAGCUCGUGGUGGUGAUUGUAAUGAACUUUUUAAACAAAUUAAGAAGGAUACAUUAUUAUUACUUGUAUCAAUUAAAGAAAGUUCAUUUAUUUCAACAAUUAAAGAAGAUUUUUCAUUACCAAUAAUUACUACUACUAAUAAAUUUAAAGUACAACGACAAAUAUCACGUUGGACAAAAGCAAAAUAUAUUAUUCGAUUACUUCGUAAUGCAUUAAAUGCAUGUAUACGAUUAAAAUAUAUAAUGUUAACAAAAAAACAAGCUAUUGAACAAAAGAAAGAUAGUGAAAGUGUUAUGCAUCGUGCUAUUGUUAGUUGUUUAUAUGGAAAUGAUAUAUCAACAUCUAUGAUUAAUAAUGAAUUUAAAAUUGAAUCUAAUGAAGUUGUAAAAUGUUUGAUUCGACAAUAUCAACGUGCUAUGACUAGAUUAAUUACAUAUAGAUUUAUUUAUCAAUUUAUUGAACAAUUACUUAAUAUCAAAGAUAAUAAUCGAAUUAUAAAUAUUCUUAUUAUGAAUUUAACAAAUUUAAAAGAUAAUAAUAUCGAUUGGCAUUAUCUUGAAAAUAUACAAGCAUCCAAUAAUCAAUUGAAAGAAGAUAUUGGAUAUCGUUAUUAUUCAAUUAUCAAUAAAAUUUUAUCAUUAUCAAAUGAAUCAAUAUUUGAAUCAAAUAUGAAAAUAGUAAUCAAAUUUUGUUUGUUUAAUUUAAUAAAUCUAUCCUAUGAUUCAAUGGAUUUGUGUCAUUUAAAUCAUUUUCAAUUUAUUCCACAAUUAUUUAAUUCAUUUGUUACCUUCGCUAAAAUGGAUUCGAUUACUAUCAUUUCAACGGAUAUGAAACUCACGGCAUACAACUGGUUUCGUCUAAUUGUAUUGAGAUUAUGUGAAAAUAUUGAACUGGAAGAAUUGAGAAAUACACAUUUUGGUAGUCGAAAAUUUCAUCAUAUCUUACAACAACAGCGUGAUUUCAUAUUUAACCAGUUAAUUUUAAGUGAACUCAAACAAUUACAACAAAACCAAUUAAUAACAAAAUCCGUUCGAGAAUGUGAAAAUCCAUCAUUAAAAAAUGCUUCCAUCGGUUACUUUAUAAUAAAAGAACCAUCAAUAGAAUCAUCAUCGACAUCCAAUAACGAUGUUUGUAUUAAUCAAUAUUUAAUGCUUCUACUUCGAUGUAUUCAUUUGUAUGAUCAUGUUCGAUCGAAUUGUGCUACUAUGGAUUAUAUCCAACAAUUAUUAAAUUUAUAUCAUCAGAGUCAAUAUCUUGAUACUCGUCUACUAACAUUGAAAAUUCUACGUGAUCUUUUAGUAUUCUUACCAGAGAAUAUGAACGAAACAACAUGUCGAUGUUUUGUUGAGAAGUUAUUAACAGAUAUUUUAUUUUCUAUUGGUCAAAAUUUUAAUUUAUUUGAAACUAACAAAAUAGAUCUUGAUAUAAUCAUUGAAUUUAUUUAUAUCUAUCGUACAUUAAUGUCACGAAAUUCACCAUGGCAAAAAAUGGCUACGAAACUAAUUAUCGAUGCAAUUAAAUCAAGUAUAAAUUUCAAUAUGACAUCUCUAGAAUCUGUUGAAUUACGACAAAUGAAUUUCUUUCUUGCAUCAUUAUGUAUCUUAGGUGGUUAUGUACGACCAUAUUGUUUGGGAUCAACUGUAGAAAUCUAUGCAGCUGAUAGAAGUAUCAAUGAAUUUGAAUCAGCAACUAUCAUUGAAAUCAAUAAAAGCGCUCUUGAAUCUGAUUCAUCUGAUGUUACACCUUAUUUCGUACAAUAUGCUGCAACAAAUCAUACGGAAUGGGUUUUGUCGAAUCAAUUGCAUACUAUUACUGAUGUUUUACCACCUAAUCUCUCACUUCUACCAAUAGAUAAUGCUGUUCAUACUAUUCUUGAUACAUUGGGAUAUCUUGCACAAAUUGAUACAUCAAAAACUGAGUCAUUGAUGUUAUUACAAAUAAAACGUCGUGCUAUAACGGCAUUCUAUCCAUUACUAAAUAAUAAAACAUGUGUCGAGAUUUUCAUGCAAAAAUCUUAUGCAUCUGUUAUUGCUAAACUAUCAAUAUCAGUUGACAAUAAUGAUUCAAUUCAUAAUACAAAAUCGGAUGAUUUACGUUUGUUUAAUCGACUACAUUUAGAACAAUAUAAUUUAAGUUUAGAUAAAUGUGAAAGAACAAAACAAAUAGUAGAAGAUAAAUCUGAUAUUGUUCGUAAUAUAAACGUAUGGAAUCAAAUAAUAAUCAAUCGUGAUCCUAUUAUUGUACAAAAUCUUUCUACAAUGAGUUUGAUAAACGAAGGAUGGAAACCGAUUGCAUUUAAAAAUGAAAUAGACUCUUAUAAACGGGGUAGAAUUGGAAAUGAUGAAAUUCGUAUUGUUUCUUUACCUGCUAAUGAUAGUUUGCCAGCAUUAGAAGAAUGUGGAGAUAAGCAUAAAUUUAAAGGACGAGUUAAUAUAACCGAUGAUAAUGGAAAUAUUCGAUAUCCGACUUUUAUUGUUGAUGGUAUACAAGUAAGUGAAGGAAAAUGGUAUUUUUGCGUUAAAAUUAUAUUAGGUGGUGCAACACAAAUUGGUUGGGCAACAAAUGGAUUUACUCCUGUUCCAGAAAAUUCAAAAGGUAUUGGUGAUGAUACAUUUUCAUGGGGUUAUGAUGGAUCACGAGGAAUUUGUUAUCAUAAUCAAGGAACUAAUUUUUGUGAUGAAAUUCGCUGGAAAGCCGAUGAUGUAUGUGGUUGUGGUAUUGAAAUCAAUAAGGAAAAUACAACUAUCAAAUAUUGGUUAAAUGGUCAAUUUUUAGGUACAGCAUUUUCACACUCAGAAAAUAAUAAUAUUGAAUCAAUUAUCAAAACAAAUUUAUUACCCAAUGGACUUAGUACUACUUAUUUUCCUGGUGUUACUGUACAAGUCUAUAGUAGUGUGGCUAAUACAGGUGCUUUUGAAUUUAUAUUUAGUCCAGAAGAUAUGACUCAAUGUCCUUUACCGACAGGUUACAAGCCAUUAUUAAUGCCAAAAUUACUCACAAUGGAAAAUGUACUUGUAGCUUAUCCGUUUAGUGCUUAUCUUAUUGGUAAUGAUAUUCAUCAAUAUUUCUAUACGAGUCGAUGUUCAAAGGAUGAUUCAGUUGACAAGAAAAUCUCUUUAAUACGUGAUUUUGUCAAUGAUCAUCAUUUCAAAGUUCCAUUCAAUAUUGAUACGAUAGUAACUGAUCAACAUCUAUUGAAGAUAUCAGAAAAAAGUGAUGGUUUUCUAUUAUCAAUUGAUAAUUAUCAAUCAUUGACUAUUAGUUUUGAUUUUGAAAUUAUUUCAACAGAUGAAAUACAAAAUCAUCCUGAUGAACUCGAUAUUGUAUUAUUCGCCAUAGAGAACGAGACAUUUUCUAUUCGAAUCUGUAUGAAUGAUAUGAAUGAUGAUUUUAUUGAUGAAACAAUGAAAUAUCGUCAACGUGUAGCUAUUCUAUUUCAAACAAAUGAACGAACAAAAGUCUAUAUCAACAAUAAAUAUCAAAUAUUAAACUAUUGUCAUAGUUUUGAUCGAACAACAAAACCAAAAUUAAAUCUACAACUUUUGCCAUAUCUAAAUGUUGGAAUUCGAAAUUUGGGCACAUGGAAAUAUGCACUGUCCGAAGAACAUAUUCGACGUCUCUUCACCUAUGGACUAUUGUAUGUUGCCGCUGAUUAUCAAAAAAUCAAUGAAUAUCAAAAACAAACAAAUUCAUUGACAUUUACCGUAGAACAAAAAUAUUUUACAAAUGAAACAUUAGUGCCAUUCAAAGAACCAUUUGAAGAAAAUCUAUGGAAGAAAAGAAAACAAUGUAUUGAUUACGAUGAAUCGACCUAUUUCAAAGGAAUAUCAGGCACUAAUCGAUCAGUCAUACAAUUGUACGGAAAUAAAACUUAUCUAGUUCUAAAUACUGCAAAUCAAGUAUGGUCCGAAUAUACAUUAAUUCUUGAUAUUUCUAUACCCAAUUUUCCAUUAACUAAUGAUCCAUCAGUUACAUCGAAUAGUGAAACUCGAUUAACAUUAUUAACGUUGGAUACACAAUCAGAAAUUUAUAUAACACAUGAUGGUCAUAUUUGUCUAUCAGAAGAACAUCAAAGUUCAUCAAUAGUGAAAUUACAAGAAUACAUUCGUUUGAUCAUUUCCGUUCAAGAGAAAUAUGUUCAUAUUUAUGUGAAUGGUGCAUUAGAACUCAAUGCAUCAAUUACAGAUAAUCAAUUUGCAACGAAAUUGAAACGUAUUGAUCUAUUUCGAGAAAUAGAUCUGACUAAGAAUACUAUUGAUGAUGAUCAACUACGUAUUGAAUGUCGAUCAAUAACAUUUUGGAAUAAAUCAAUUGACAUUCUUCGUCCAUCAAUGGCAAACCUAAUGAAAUCAACUGAACAUUCCUUAGAUAAUCUAGUUGCUCCAACGUAUUCAAUUCUAUCAACAAGUCUCAUAGGUAUUGGUUAUAAAGAAGACUCAAUCAAAUACGUAAUGAAACAAUAUAAUACGACAAAUAUUCAGUUCAUCGAUGCUAUUCUACGAGAACAGUGUCAAGAAAUAGAAAAGACACUACAACAAGAGCAACAACAGAAAAAAAUCAAUGUAUUAACACGAUUGAAUUCUUAUGACGAUAAAGGAACAUUAGCAAUAUUAAUGAAAAUUGACAAUGCUAUCAAUGAUUUGUCAAUUUCAACAUCAUCUAAUGACAUGUUAUCUGAAACAGAAAAUGCUGAUGAUGAUAUGAUAUCUGAAAAAGAAUGGUAUCGUAAAGCUAUUCAUGGUGUAGGUAUUCAUGAUAAAUUAACAGAUUGGAUUCGAGAUAAAACAGAAGCACAUCUAUUAACAAUCGAAGAUCCUCACUUCAAACUUCUUGAUCUAACAAAACCAGAUUCUGAAGAAACAGCAAUUGAAUAUGAAUUAAAAAAGAAAAUGAAAAACUCAUUACAUUAUUUACAUCGACAAAUACCACAUAAAACUUAUAUUCAUUUACGUACAAAUAGUGAAUAUGGAUUAAUAACAAUCUAUGCACGUUAUACAAUAUUGAAUAUGUUAAAAGUUUGGUGUAAUGAUGAUCAUCCAAGUUUAUUUCCACUUUCGAAAUUUGGUGAUGGAACAUUUAUUGUAACAUUAUUACGAUUAAUGGAUUAUCAUCAUACAUGUACACGUACACAUGCCGAUGAAAAUAUUAAUAGAAUGAAAUUAUUAACAAUGUCAAUAUUAAAAGUUGAAUUAAAAGAAUUAUUGAAAUUUAUGAUACAUGAACAAAUGACAGUAGAAAUAUUGAAUAGAAAAGCUCCAUUAUUCUAUCAAUUACAAAAACAUCUUAUUGAAGAAUCGAUUCAUUUUCUUGCUGAACCAUCUUUAAUCUAUAUGAAUAAUUAUGAUGAUGAAACUAUUGAUGAACAAAUGUUAAUUAAACAAACAAAUUUAGAUUUUCUUCUAAAAAUUGUUAAUCUCUUUUUAGAAUUAUUAAUCGAUGUUGAAAUGAAAAAAUAUGAUAUUGAUCUGAUAAUUCAAUUAUUAUUUCCAGCAUUAUUUAUUAAGGUGCUAUUUGAUCUAUUUUUAUUAGUACCAUCACAUCGAUCGAAAAUAUUUAUUCUUCAUCUUUUUACCACAUUGAUUCAAAGAAGUGAGAAUUUCAAACUUCAUAACAAUAUUCAACAUUUCAUUCUACAACUUUUUAUUGAAUUAAUAACGAAUAAAACAUGUUUGGAUGAUUUAGCAUUGAAAAGUUUUCGAAAUGCUGUCAUGGAUUUAGCAUUUGCUUUAUUUGAAAGACAAAAAGAAUUGAUUUUAACAUUAAAUGAAUGUCCAUCAGAUUCACGCAAUCUAUCAAUAAUUCUCGAUGUUAUCAAUGUUUUAACAAAUAAAACAAAUCAAUCUCAAUGGUCCGAACUACUUCUUAAACCAUUGGAUAUUGUUUUAGGCGAAAAAUCUUCAUUGACCAAAGAGAUAGUUGAUCAAGCUCAUGUUCAUUUCGAUAAGAUUGCUGAUGAACAAUUAAUGAAAUUUAUGAAUUCAAAUAUUAAUCUCGAUUGGAAUCCAUUACCACAUGAAUCACUUAAUCAAUUCAUUGAAACUCUACCAGCCGCAUCUGUUCCGGAUAUGAGUAAAUAUGAAUCAUUUACAUGCUUAUGUGAUAUACCAUCAAUAUAUAUACAAACACGUGCUAAACUUUUCUAUUUAUUUAAUAUAUUUAUUAGUAAACUCUUACAAAUGAUUGAUUUAACUUUAUCACCAGGCACUAGUACUCUUACGGAUAGAAUUCGAGCAGCACGAAAUUAUAUAUUAUUUACAACAAAAUAUCACUUGUUUCAUGAUGCAUUAAAUAAAACAGCAAAUAGUUCAGGAUCAUCUGAAGAAGAUGUAAAAUUUGAUACUGUAAAAGCAAGUCUUGGUGAACAUCCUGAAGAUACAAUGUUCUAUCAAGCAUAUAAACAAUUGUAUCCUAAUGCAUCUCGAACAUUUCGACGAACGAAAGAUGAACAAGCUUGGUCAGCUACUUUUAUUGGCAUGUUUAGUACCGAUCGAGGUGGACCUUAUCGAGAUUCAAUUACACGUAUUUGUGCUGAUUUAUGUAGUACACGUUUAUCAUUAUUUAUUCUUUGUCCUAAUGGACGAACGAAUAGUGGUUCAAAUCGUGAUCGAUGGAUUCCAAAUGUUUUUCCACCAAAUCGACCUAUACCAGAUGAAUAUAAGAAUCAAUAUCGUUUUGUUGGACAAUUAAUGGGUAUGGCUAUACGUACGAAAAAUCUUUUAGAUAUUCGAUUUCCAAUUUUACUAUGGAAACAGUUAGUACAAGAAAUAAUUACAAUCGAAGAUAUUGAAGCAAUUGAUAUACAAAGUUUUACUAUUAUCAAUGAGAUGGAAGAAAAUAUUAAACAAGUAAAAAUUCUUAAUAAAUAUGAAGAAAGUGAUGCUAACAAUGAUUGUGAUUAUUUAUUCAGUAGUAUUAUGAGUGAACUUACAUUUGAUGUUAUUAGUUCAGCUGGACAAACUUAUGAACUUAUUCCUGGUGGUUUUCAUAUUCCUAUAACUGCUACUAAUUUUGAAGAUUAUUGUAUACGUUAUCGUCAAUAUCGUAUUAAUGAAUUUCAUCGACAAAUUGAAUUUAUUCGUCAAGGUUUAUAUAAUAUCGUACCAUCAGCUUAUUUGAGUCUUUUUACAGCUCAAGAAUUAGAAGAAGCUGUUUGUGGUAAAGGUUAUAUUGAUAUUGAAAUGUUGAAACGUCAUACAGAUUAUCAUGAUGAUAGUGAAUCAUCACCAUAUAUUGAACGAUUUUGGACUGUUUUAAGUCAAAUGUUUAGUGAAGAACAGAAAAAAUUAUUUUUAAUAUUUGUUUGGGGACGAAGUACAUUACCGAAUAGAGACGAAGAAUUUUCCACAAAUUUUACAAUUACUCGUCUAGAUUCCAGUGGUAAUGUCGAUGAAACUCUUCCAAAAUCGCAUACAUGCUAUUUUACUCUUGAUCUACCUCCGUAUUCAACUAAAGAAAUCAUGUAUGAACGUUUGAAUUAUGCUAUUACCUAUUGUUCCAGUAUCGAUACUGAUGGAACUAUGAAUUAG